GAAAGACUAAGGAUGAGUUAUUAAGAGCAGGCAGCACGGAUGGGGAAGACGGGCUGUUUGAUGAUUGGGAAGGCAUUGAGAGAACAGAUUUGGAGAAGGAAUUUAGUAGUGCAGUGGUGUUUGUGGAUUCAAAAGGCAAUACUGACCGACUCAUCGACGACGUGAAGAUGCAGCUUUAUGGCCUUCACAAGGUUGCUACAGAGGGACCUUGUUGCACACCUCAGCCAAUGGCAUUCAAGCUCUCGGCUCGUGCCAAAUGGAAUGCUUGGCAGAAGCUAGGUGACAUUAGCCAGGAUGAGGCAAUGGAGCAAUAUAUAGCACUUCUGUCAAGAAGCAUAACCGAUUGGAAGGUAGACAAUUUUUCUCCCUACUGAAUCCCCCCUUCAUUCAUUUAGGCUUUGUUUGGUAGUCUUAUAACUGGUCAGCAGAAUUAGUAGCUUUUGGCCUACGUACCGAGUUGAGAGGUGUGGAGAAGAGGCAGGGAGGAGAGGGAGAGGAAGACCCAAACAUACUUGGAUUAGAGGAGUCAAGAGUGUUAUGCUUUUUCUUAGGAUGAGAAUAUGACUUUAGAGAGAACAAAGUGGAGGGCGGAUAUUCAUGUGGCGGAUUGAUCUUUUAUCAUCUUUUUUACCUUUUAUCUUCUUUAUCUUUUUUAUGUUUUUUAUCCUUUUAUCUUUUUUACUUUGUAUAAUGUAUAUAUAUUCUUUUUAUCCUUUUAUCUUGUCAUUUUUAUGUAUAUCUUAUUUCUAUUUUAUCUUAUCUUUUUUGUUAUCUUUUUUAUCAUACCUUAUCUUUUUAUGUUUAUUUUCCUUUUGGCGCCGACACCAAAAACUUUUGGGACUAAGGCUUGGAUGUUGUGGCUGGUGCUGUGACCUACUUACCGAACUUACCCCUCUUUGUUUUCUGCAUAUUGUUCACUGUUGAAAACUUGUAUAAUUGUAUUCGUUGAAAUCAUUUUUAUUGCAUGAAAGUCUAGCUUUCUUUGUGAAAAAUUAAAGUUCUUUUGAAAGUUAGACGCUCCCUGAAGUGUCUACUGUGGUUGCAUAAUGUCAUGAACCAUGUCACAUGGCAUUCUAUUGUUUUUGGUCACAGUGGGCUACCAAUGUUGUGCUUUACAGAAUACAGAAUUUUAAUUCUCUUCAUGGCUAAUUUAGCACUCCCAAGUGAACCUGAGAAAAGACAUGACGUUCUCUUUAAAACUUGCAAUACAUUUAUAUUAUGGUAUAGCUCUGGUUGUAGUUAUCCAGAUAAAUGUUGUUAGACCCGCCUUAUAAUAUUCAUUUCUAAAACAUUAUUAAUGGUUAGCCUCUGUUUGUUUGGAUGGUCAUACUCCAAGAUAAAAAGAAAAGAAUCUCCAUUUCUCCAUUGAUAGGAAUGAAUGCCCAAAUGAAGUAGGUGUUUGAUUUUCAACUAUUACAUCAUCAUCGUUACCCCAGUGCCGCAAAGGCUCCCACCUAAAGUACAGUGAGACUGUUUCCGGAUGACCCAAGAAAAACGCGUCGAAAGUUGCAUAGACUGACUGUUGCUUCAUAAUAAUAAUAAAGCGCAAACAGUUUAGUGAGUCAUUUUGCUUUAUUUCAUCAUAUUCUCAAGCCAAAAACUAGUGAGUCUUUGGCUCCAUUUCAAAUGAUGGAAAAGGUUUUCAACUAUUACAAUGAUAAAAUAUGCAGCAUGGAAUUGGCCAUAACAACAGAAUGCUGUUGAGGAUAUUACCCCCUUAUCAAAUCCUUGAACAGGAUGAACAAUGACAAGCUAGAUUCAUGGAAAAUGCUGCCCCAGGAACUCCAGAUCAGUUGGCGAACAUUUAUUUCAUCAUCUUAGGAUUAUUGCAAGUAUAAAAUGUAUGGGUAUCUAUGUCUGUUUCUAGUGUAUAUUCAAAAGGGAUAUGCUGUGGCAAGUUUAUGUGAAUAAUACCGGUUACUAUGUACUCG